GUAUUUAGCGAAGAUGGUUGUCGUAAAUAAAACAGUCGAAGAUGAAACUUGAAAUAUUGCUACUCGCGGUCGCGGCGUCAGUGUCGGCAUUUCCCGCGGAGGAGCCCGUGCUGUACUACCACAAGAAUGUGGGCAUGAGGGAGGCGGAGCACAUCAGGCAAGCUGAACAGGCCGCUGACUUCGACGGCAGCAGGAUCUUCAAUGGCUCUCCGGCAGCACUCGGCGCAUACCCUUACAUGGGCGGACUGGUGAUUGCGGUGCCUGGUGGCCAAUCUGUCUGCGGUUCAGCACUGCUCAGCAACACUCGUGCUGUGACAGCGGCCCACUGCUGGUUCGACGGGUGGGUGCAGGCGCGACAGUUCGAAGUUGUGUUUGGCUCUGUCCGUCUCUUCAGCGGCGGAGUUAGAGUUCGCACCAGUAACGUGACCAUGCAUCCCAACUGGAAUACAAGGAAUUUAAAUAAUGAUGUCGCCAUGAUUAGAUUCAAUAGAAUAACGUUCACAAAUGUGAUCCGGCCCAUCAAUCUACCUACUGGUGCUCAGCUAAACAAUAAUUUCACUGGAACAUGGGCCCAGGCAGCAGGCUUUGGCAGGGUUGGUGACAAUGUAGGAAUCAGCCCUAACCAAGUGUUGAGCCACGUGACCCUGCAAGUUAUCACUAAUGCUGCAUGCCGCGGUGUCUUCCCUAAUAAUAUUAUCGACUCUAAUCUCUGCACGAACCCAGCGGCCAACGGUGGCAACGUUUGCAGCAGCGACUCUGGUGGUCCACUAUCAGCCACCAUCGGAGGACAAAGAGUUCUUAUUGGAAUUGUGUCCUUCGGGUCCAACCGUGGCUGCGAGGCGAGACAUCCGGCAGCUUACGCACGUGUCACCUCCUUCGUACCCUGGAUUCGGGGCCAGAUGUAACUCCAGUAAAACUAGUUGGAACCAACAAUACCUGUUCAAUUUAUGACUAGUAAACAAUUUAAAUUAUA